GCUGUCCCAAAGACGCACAGAAAGCCUCGCGCGCACUGUCCAAUCAGAGCCGCGAGAUUUCAGGCCAGUGUUUAUCGCGAGAUCUCGGCUCUUCCUUUUCCCUUUUCGCUCUGAGUCCAAGAUGGGAGUCGACAUCAGACACAACAAGGACCGUAAGGUGCACAGGAAGGAGCCCAAGAGCCAGGAUAUUUAUCUGCGGCUCCUGGUUAAGUUGUACAGGUUCCUGGCCCGCCGCUCAAAUGCUCCCUUCAACAAGGUUGUCCUGAAGAGGCUCUUCAUGAGCAGGACAAACAGGCCACCCAUCUCCAUCUCCCGCCUGAUCCGCAAGAUGAAGCUGGAUGGGCGUGAAAACAGAAUUGCUGUUGUUGUGGGAACAGUAACUGAUGAUGUCAGGAUUCAGGACAUCCCCAAACUUAAGAUCUGCGCUCUAAGAGUAACUGACGGAGCUCGCCGCAGGAUCCUGAAGGCCGGUGGUCAGAUCAUGACAUUCGACCAGCUCGCUCUGGCUUCUCCCAAAGGACAGGGCACCGUGCUGCUGUCAGGACCCCGCAAAGGCAGGGAGGUGUACAGGCACUUCGGCAAAGCCCCUGGAACUCCUCACAGCCACACAAAGCCCUAUGUGCUCUCCAAGGGCAGGAAGUUCGAGAGGGCUCGUGGUCGCAGAGCCAGCCGUGCUUACAAGAACUAGUCUCGUCUUUGUUUUUCAUGCAAUCCCAAAUAAAAGAUUGGCUGGCUGUACAA